ACAAAGAUGUUGAUUGCCCGACUGGCGAUUUUAAUCUCUUUUCUGGGCUGUGUGUCUGGACUCCAGAAACUGAAGACCACUGCCGGUUCCACGACUACAAAGACUACGAGGACUUUGAAUGCUGUCAGCUAUUGUCAGCCAAGUGGAGGAUAUUGUCGGAUACAUGUGGAUUGCUGUUCGGGAAUGUGCAUUCAGGUGUCUGCAGAGUGUCGUUAGAAGAAAUCGGCUACCUUGUGUUUGGAGUUUGAUAUACCAAAAGGCUUGAAAGGGCGUCGUAUUAUUUAUUUUCUCGGUGUACGUAAAUAUUUCCCUGUUUGUGGGUUCCUAAAAUGUGGAUCGCGUUUUCUAUUUAACAAUUCCUACAACUAGUGGAGAAGCUCUUCUAUGAUUAAAUGAGCACUAAAUCUGCUUAUUCAUAAUGUCUAGAUUCCUCAUAUCUGGCGAUCUAAAAGCAGAUUGAGUCAGUUGACUCUUAACUUUGCCAGCGAGAAGAUGUCGUCGAUUCCUACGAUCAUUGGAUUGUAUAUUUUGUUCUUUUUCACAUUUAGCAAUGUGAAUGCAUAUGGCACAAAAUGUAGUCCCGUGUCCGGACUUUGUUACAUGCAUACGGAUUGCUGCAGCGGAGUAUGCCACACCUACGGAAACAAAUGCGGCCCUCCGGCGCACCGUCUGAAAAAAACUUAUGUGAGUCCCAGCGAAUUCAACAGAAUAAUUCAACAGAAGAAACAUUAUUAAAAAAAUUCAAAUGCCACAAUGUUGGGGAAUCCGUAAGGUACCUCCUUAUUCAUUUGAGAAACUUUCACCUAAAAUCCAAUCAAAAUGGUUAAAGAAAAAGGUUUUAAGCAUGCUAAAAACUUAAAUAGUUUUGUUAUAACAUCGUUAUAAAUUAAAAAAUCCUACACUAACUGAUUGUUUAACUAUAAAAUAAAUAUUGACAAAUACAGAUGAUGUCAAUUAUUGUCAUUAGAAAUCGGCUACCUUGUGUUUGGAGUUUGAUAUACCAAAAGGCUUGAAAGGGCGUCGUAAUAUUUAUUUUCUCAGUGUACGUAAAUAAUGUAAAUAAUUCAAUGUUUGUGGGUUCCUAAAAUGUGUAUCGCGCUUUCUAUUGAACAAUUCCUACAACUUGUGGAGAUGCUCUUCUAUGAUUUAAUGAGCACUAAAUCUGCUUAUUCAUAAUGUCUAGAUUCCUUUUAUCUGGCGAUCUAAAAGCAGAUUGAGACAAUUGACUCUUAACUUUGCCAGCGGGAAGAUGUCGUCGAUUCCUGCGAUCAUUGGAUUGUAUAUUUUGUUCUUUUUCACAUUUAGCAAUGUGAAUGCAUAUGGCACAAAAUGUAGUCCCGUGUCCGGACCUUGUGUCAUGCAUACGGAUUGCUGCAGCGGAGUAUGCCACACCUACGGAAACAAAUGCGGCCCUCCGGCGCACCGUCUGAAAAAAACUUAUGUGAGUCCCAGCGAAUUUAACAGAAUAAUUCAACAGAAGAAACAUUAUUAAAAAAAUUCAAAUGCCACAAUGUUGGGGAAUCCGUAAGAGUACCUCCUUAUUCAUUUGAGAAACAUUCACCUAAAGUCCAAUCAAAAUGGUUAAAGAAAAAUGUUUUAAGCAUGCUAAAAACUUAAAUAGUUUUGUUAUAAUAUCGUUAUAAAUUAAAAAAACCUACACUAACUCAUUGUUUAACUAUAAAAUAAAUAUUGACAAAUACAGAUGAUGUCACUUAUUGUCAUUAGAAAUCGGCUACCUUGUGUUUGGAGUUUGAUAUACCAGAAGGCUUAAAAGGGCGUCGUAAUAUUUAUUUUCUCAGUAUACAUAAAUAUUUCCGUUUGUGAGUUUCUAAACUGUGUAGCCCAUUUUCUAAUAAUUUUCUACCAAAUCCUAAAAAGCGGAGAAACUCUGCUGAGAUUUAAUAAGCACUUCAUCUGCUAGUUCUUAAUGCUUGAUAAUAUUUGUUUCUUCAGUGUUUGUGAUUUUUUAAAAUGUGUAUUCCAUCCAAUUCCCACAAAAAGUGGAAAAGCCGUGCCAAGAUUUAAUGAGCACUUCAUCUGCUUAUUCAUAGCGUCGCCUAGCAAUAGUGACACCGUUCUCACAUAUGCUAAAUAUGAAAGGCUAAAGCAUCAGUUUAGUUUUAACUUUGGAAACGUGAAGAUGUGGAUUGCUCGACUUGGAUUCCUGUUGUGUGCAUUGGGCUAUGUAACUGCAAUAUGUCAACCUAAUUGGCAAAGUUGCAAGUCGCAUGAGGAUUGCUGUUCGACGAUGUGCCUAACACACCUGGGUCAGUGUUCCCCCAAAAGGGGGGAUCAGUGGUAAUUACUUGCCGCUUGUCUUGAGCCACUAUUCAGAAACUUGUGUUGCAUCGCCUCAUAUUGCCAGCUCAUCCCCUUUCAUCUGUUUAGACAUUCAUUCGACUGGUAAUAAUAAUAAAGCAGUGCCGCAUCAACCGACAGUGUGAAGUGAAGUGUUUGGCUGCUCACCACAA